GAUUAUCAGGUAAAUAUGCGUUUAAAUCGAAGGGUUCGAUGAUUUUUAACAUCAUUUUCUUGUUUUUAGCAAUGGAUACUGUAAUGUUGGCUGUCUUUGCAGAGCAGGAAGAGCUGCGCUCUUUGAGAAGGCAUCGGUCUAAUUUGCGUAAUACUACCGAUAUUAUGGAGCUGCCGGAUGCAGAAUUCAUCAAAAACUUCCGGUUGAACAAGGAAGCAUUUCUGUACAUCCUUGGCGAAAUUACUGACGAAUUUCCCCCUCAAAGGCAAGGAGCCCUUUCCGUGAAGGAGAAACUCGCAGCUUGUCUUCGUUUCUUUGCCGAAGGCAGCUAUCAGCAUGGAACCGGAAAAGACUUUGAUGUCGCAGUAGCUCAGUCAACGUUUUCAAAGAUCCUUUCAGAAAUUCUUACUGUUUUCGAGGGGAAAAUUUGUCCUCAGUGGAUAAACAUACGCAUGUCAAAUGAAGAAAUGCGUCGAGCAAAACGAUUUUUCUAUGAGAAAUCUGGUAUCCCUGGCGUGAUCAUGUGUGUUGAUGGAACACAUAUAAAAAUUAUUCCUCCGAAUGUAAACCGCAACCUUUUUUACAACCGGAAAGGAUUUUAUAGCUUGAAUGUUAUGAUCAUGUGUGACGACACACAACGAAUUCGUUUCGUAGAUGCCGGAUAUCAAGGAUCCAAUCAUGAUUCGCAUGUGUGGGGGUUAAGCUCGGCUCGAAGAUACAUGCAGCAGCUGCAUAUAAAUGGCGACACAAACAUUAAAAUCUUAGGUAAUGCUUGGUCGUUAAAAUAA